AUGAAAUUUCUGGCGGUCGGCGUCCAGCCAAGGACUCGGGCAAGACAAAGUAGAAACAAGCAGAAGAGAAUAAAGAGGUUGCUGACGUUCCAAUUCUUCUCCCACGGCAGUAUCGACGACAAAUUGACGUCGCACACCAAGUUCAAUCGCAGCCCCACUGUUGUCGUCCGCAUGACUUCUGAAGAAGAGAAAAAGGUCGUAAAAAAGAGUGACCACACAACAUACAAGAAAGCCAAGCGUCUGUCACGAAAUGCCGUCUCUGCAGUGAGGUCUCGGUUCGUCCACGGAAGCCACGACUACAUUGACUUGGAAAACACGGACCUGAGGAAGAACCUUAUGUAG